AUGACUAUUCUGGAUAGACAAAUGGGCCAAUUGGCCAAGUCGCUUGCCUAUACAGCCAGGUUCUCAGCUAGACGCCCGAUUCAUGUGAUUCUUAUCACUCUUCUGCUUUCGGCUGUUGCAUACCUGUCGGUAGUGCAGUACUAUGUCAGCGGCUGGCAAUUGUCGUCCGCUAGUAUCUUUUCCGCUGAUAGCCCCGACGCGGAGAGCCUCUUCGAUGAAUGUUCACAUUAUUAUAGAGACUCCAAUUCUGAUAUUUGGACUUUACUAUCUUCUGACGAGGCCAGAUCGAAAUCGCCUCCGCAACAUUAUUACCUUUUCAAUUUGGAUUUUGAGCGUCAGAACAAUUCGAUUCCCCUGCCAACCCCCGAUGGUGUCAUUUACGAACUUAAAAACAACAAAUACGUGUUGAAAUCUGAACCGGAGAUCGAGCAAUGCUUAACUUCCAAAGAUGGUACACAGUGGAGAACAAGCAAUUAUAGAAAUCGCCUCUUCGAGGUUCAGCAUCUGGCAUGCACUCUGUACAACAACCUCAGAACUAAGCUGUUCGAGUCUGAACCAUUUGAUAUCAUUAUUGUUGGAUCAGCUCAUUUGACCAUGUUCUAUAGCGUCCUUGGAUUGUUUAAUUCGAUGAGCAAAACUGGUUCCAAAUUUUGGUUGAGUCUAUCUGCUAUCGUCAACUCCGCCUGUGCGCUUUUCUUGGCCCUGUACACUACUCAGUCAUUGGUCAAGCGUCCAGUCAGCUUGAUAAGCUUAGUUGAAGGUCUGCCAUUUAUCGCCGUCAUUGUCGGAUUCAGACAUAAAGUCAGAUUAGCGGCCUACACGCUCCAAAGUUUUGACAAAAUAGGUAUCUCCAAGAAGAUGACCACGGAUAAAGCAAUAUUCGAUGCGAUGUGCAUUGAAGGUCGUCGCUUGUUACAAGAUCAUAUGUUGUGUAUCGUCGCUUUUGUCGGAUGCUCCAUUUAUGCAAGACAGUUGGAAACUCUGACUAACUUCUGCAUUCUAUCAACUUUCAUUUUGAUCUUCGAGUUACUACUUACGACUACUUUUUUCUCCGCAGUCCUUGCAUUAAAGCUGGAGAUUAAUGUUAUUCAUAGAUCCACGAUCAUUAAGCAGACUCUAGAGGAAGAUGGUGUGGUUCCAAAAACUGCUGACAUCGUAUCAGGCGCAGAAACCAGCUCAAAAACUUCGGUUUUGCAAUCGAACUCUGCAGUUACGUUAAUCAAGCUUUCUUUGGUUGGUCUCUUUGUGGCUGUUAACUUCUAUAACUUUGGCACCAGAUGGGCAUCAGAUACUUUUUCUUCGAUUUACACCACUGCCGGUGCCACCACUUUGCCGGAGUUCAUUAAAUCUCACGAUAAUGGCAAUUUGGGCGAAAUUAUUAUAUCUGUUGCACCUAUUCAAUUUUACAGACCAAUGAAAGCCUAUCACCAGUUCGAGGACACCAUGCUAUCGCUUCUUCGCUAUGUCAGUGUUGCUAUCAGGGAUAGAUUCAUCAGCAAAUUGGUUUUCUUUGCACUUGCUAUAAGUGCCGCUAUCAACAUUUAUCUACUGAAUGCGGCAAGGAUUCAUACAAGAUUCACUGCUGACGAAGUUACCAAGAAGGCAGCUAUCAAGAAGGAACAAAAGAUCUCUUUGAUCAAACAAUCAGAGCCCGCUAGGAAGGCGAUUUCUACUGUUUCGAAAUCGAGCUCUCUCUCACUUGUAUCAAGCUCUACAACCGACGAAGAAGAGACGGAUAGCGAUGAGAGCUUCCCUGGUCGCCCUCUCGAAGAACUUGAGCAGAUAUACAAGAAUGGCAAUGUUUGCAGCCUGAAGAAUAAAGAAAUCGUCAGUUUGGUUACAAAUGGUGUUUUACCACUUUACGCUUUGGAAAAGAAGUUGGGUGACACCACUCGUGCUGUUGCCAUUCGUCGCAAGGCUAUCUCCGUGUUGGCAGAUGCACCAGUACUCUCUACCGAACGUUUACCUUACAAAUUUUAUGACUACGAUCGAGUGUUUGGAGCAUGUUGUGAGAACGUUAUUGGUUACAUGCCGCUGCCUGUUGGUGUUAUCGGUCCCUUAUUCAUUGACGGCGUCUCAUAUCAUAUUCCAAUGGCAACCACCGAAGGCUGCUUAGUUGCGUCAGCUAUGCGUGGUUGUAAGGCCAUUAAUGCUGGAGGUGGUGCCACUACAGUCAUAACAAAAGAUGGCAUGACAAGAGGCCCAUGUGUUAGAUUCCCUACUUUGGCGAGAGCCGGAGCCUGUAAAAUUUGGCUGGAUUCAGAAGAAGGUCAAAACAAGGUUAAAAAAGCAUUCAACUCCACAUCUCGUUUUGCUCGUUUGCAACAUAUUCAAACAGCGCUAGCCGGUGAUCUGCUAUUCGUUCGUUUCAGAACCACAACUGGUGACGCAAUGGGUAUGAACAUGAUUUCCAAGGGUGUGGAAUUUUCUUUGAAACAAAUGGUCGAAGAGUUCGGUUGGGAUGACAUGGAGAUCGUCUCUGUGUCUGGUAACUACUGUACGGAUAAGAAGUCAGCCGCCAUCAAUUGGAUCGAGGGUCGCGGUAAAAGUGUUGUUGCUGAAGCUACCAUCCCAGGUGACGUUGUAAGAAACGUGUUGAAAAGUGAUGUGUCUGCCCUGGUUGAACUAAACAUAAGUAAGAAUUUGAUUGGUUCCGCCCUGGCCGGUUCAAUUGGUGGCUUCAACGCGCACGCUGCUAAUCUGGUCACGGCCGUAUUUCUCGCAUUGGGCCAGGAUCCGGCCCAGAACGUUGAAAGUUCAAACUGUAUGACCUUAAUGAAGGAAGUAAACGGAGACCUCCGGAUCUCCGUUUCAAUGCCAUCCAUUGAAGUUGGUACUAUCGGUGGUGGUACUAUCCUGGAGCCUCAGGGUGCCAUGUUGGAUCUCCUAGGCGUCAGAGGACCGCAUCCAACGGACCCAGGUGCUAACUCACGCCAACUGGCUAAGAUUGUUGCAUGUGCCGUCAUGGCAGGCGAAUUGUCGCUGUGCGCAGCCCUGGCCGCUGGCCACCUGGUACAAAGUCAUAUGACACACAACCGUGCCAAGAAGCCCGAAAACGUAGCUUCCCUUGCUGAUCCUAAGGAGAUCGAGCGUCUAAAAGAAGGAGCCAAAUCUUGCAUCAAGUCCUAG